AAAUGAAACACUGAAAAAUGUGGAUUUUGGGUUACCUCUUUAAAUUCAAAAAUUGGGUUGGUUUUCUUUUAUCAGAGAGAACCUGGAUCCCUACUUACUAGUGUCUCUAACAUCUAAUCAAUGGGUUGAAUGGCAGGAGAACAAAACCAAAAAAGGGCUGAGCAGUCCAAAAGGUUUGAGGACUGCCAACCUAAUAAUGCAUUGUGUUUGUCAUUUUUUAUGUAGCUUUGCUAUUCUAAACUGAAAAAUUAAAUGCGAGUAGGUAGUGGAAAUCAGUUGGGGUGAGAUUUCUUACUGUCUUGCAGAUGGACAUGGGCUGGAUUUCUUAAAAGUCUGGGUUUAAUCCUUUUAAAAAGAUUAAUACUUUUUGUGUUUAACAGUAGCAUAAGAGUAAUAAGCCAUGAUGGUCCAGAAAUUGAGAGGCAAGGUUUUGUUAAGAAGAUAUCUUCUAUUGAACCAAUUGUAUAGUUGGGAUAGAGUUAAACCAGCUUUCAAAUGUAAGACAUUUUUUCAGGUCUGACCAGAACAAGCCAAGCACAGCAUGCUGCACUUGAGUUGUACCGCGCUGUGCUUGUUCUGGUCAGACCUUAAGAAGAACGUCUUGUGUUGGAAGGUUUGUCCAACUAUCCCAGCUAUACAGUUGGUCCAUUAAAAGAUAUCACACUAAAAAAUCCUUGCCUUUGUAUUUAACGUAAUAUUGACCUGUCAUGUUAGCUGGACUUCCGUUUAGCUCACCUUCACUUCUCUCUUAUUUGUAAAUAAAGAAUGCACUAGACACAUUGAAAAAGGGAUUUUAUAGAUAUGUUUCCAGGCAUUUGUGUGUUAGUGUAAGAAAGGAGUAAUUGUCUGUAAUAUAACUUAAACUGAAUGUGUGGUCCAUACCUGACGAGAGUAAAGAUGUAACAUUCCAGAUUGUGUGGACUCUUAUAUGAACAGUAACAGGAAGGGAAAAGUAAAAUCUGUCUGCUACAUGCAGAUGAUGAAAGGCCCUAUGUUUUAUAUGCAGCACUUCUUAAUUGUAAUAGUAAUAAAUAGCUUAUCUAAUCUAUAAUUGACACCUUUUUACUUAACUUUAUCAGUUUAGCAGGUUUCCUUCUUGACAGCAUACCAGUGCUUCAUAAAUUUGCUUUUCAAUGACAGUUUAAUUAAUACCUCACAUAAUAACAGCUGAAACGCCAUUUCAUUAAAUUUAGGAGGACCGAAUCCUUAAACAGAAUAAAUAAUAAAAUUAAAUGUGCUUCAGGUCUCUCAAAAUUUUUCCCUUAAUGACAUCUGAAAGCUUGAAGCCAAAACUGAAACUUGCUACGUAGGUUUAGAUUUAUUCCAAACAUCCUGAGGACAACUUUUGUUAAAACACCUUGAUGCCUUUUUGUCCCCAGUUGAGUCAGAUUUUCUUUGACCCAUGUUGCAACUUUAUAAGAAUGGUGUCUAACACUGUGUGCUUAUUUAGACAAUAAAGCAGAGCGUGUUUCUUGUGCAACUGGAGUCUCCUGACAGAUAACAGGGAAAUCCAUGGGAAAUCCAUGAUCAUAAUAAAGUGGGUAUGGCCACAACCUCCUUGGCUGUGUGGUGCAUGCACAGUGAAGAGAGUUCACCUUUAUGCAGUAAGUUCACCUUUAUGGAGUAACUUACUUUAGUCUAUAAAGUAACUCACUUUAUAAACUAAAGUGCACAUCAUACAAUAAUGGAAUCAGAAGUGAACUGUGUCUCAGGAAGACUUAUGCAGCUCUUCAACUUGUCCAAGGCUGUCCAGCUUGUAAGCACCCAGGGACUGCAUGCCACACUAGUGGCAUGCACCGUUGGUGUUACCAUGAGUAACACCAUUGGGGGGUCAUUGCCCCUACACCACACACUGCAUGAACACCUCACCCCAUUGCAGUGUGUGCUCAUGUGGGCAUCCCUUCCCCACCAACACUACUGCAACAAUUCCCCCAUGGAUGCUCCAAUCCCCUCCCACCACUGCACCAUGUGCCACACAGCCCCAGCCUCACUUAAGCACCCCUUAUUAUGCUGUGCUGCCCCCUGGGGUGUCCACAGAAGUGGAAGCUGGAGAUGGGAGGGGAAGCCCAGAGACUCCAACUGCUGUUGCAAUAGGGGAAGUCAUGCCUAGGUAGGAGUUCGGGGGCAUCAACUUAAGGUGUAUUUCUUCCCUGCCUUCUGACAAGAUCAGAAAGACAAAGGACAUGCAGCUGUCCUGCUAUAACAGACACUGUUAUAAGGAUCUGCCACUAGAUGGCAGGGGAGCAAAAAACGGUCUAUUCACAUUUAGCAAUUGGCUUGCCUGAGAUAUGGGGGGACUGAUGAAACUUAACCUAGUGUGACAUACACUGCUAAGAGUUUUGCCCCAAUUCCUUCAGGGACAGUUGUUUACCAGAUUAAUCAAAUUUACUCCAUUUAAAUCUCUUCUUUUUUUACAUGUAUGUCAUGCUGUAAGCAUUUCUCUGUCCACACCUUAAGUAAAACACAAGCAGUACCUCUUUCUCACACUCUCAAGGUAGUGAGAGCUGAUGCCCAGUAGAACACUUGUGUUCCCAAGUCAGUUUCUACAGUCCAUUCUUUUUUUUUCUGAAGUUUUGGCCAUUUUUUUUUCUCUGUGCACUCCCCGGGUGCCUGUCUUCUUUGUGUUCAUUUCUCAUCAUCUUUCUUCCUUUCAUUUUUCUGCUUCUAAGUGUAAUUCCUAAUGGCCAUGGAACUGUCUGGUUUCAGCAUACUAUCCCAUCUCCAUUAAAGCAUUAUUAAUGGUAAUUGGUAGAAAUGGCAGCAGUGUACUUAAGGCUGCCUAAUAAUUUCCAUUAUUAAUCCUAUUUUAGUUGCUUAUAAAUUUAUCAGAUUUGAUUGUUUGGACCAAUUUUUUCCAUGCAGAGUGCCUGUCUCUUUUUAAGAUUCAGAAACACUAACUGAUUUUUUUCUGAUGAUGAGUUCUGAUAGACCAUUCACUGAGAUGCACUUAUGUCUUCUUUCUUUGGAGCAGAAAUAUGAAAUGUGGCAAGAAGCCAUUCUGUAACAAUCUGCCCAGAUUUCACAGUUAUAAGGCUGCACAUUACUGUUUGCAGACAAUUGACAGAGACUUGCUAGAGGCUGGUCCCAAAGUUCCCUGAUGGUUCUGCUCUGCAUUGAGCGAGUUUCAACCCAGGACCACAGAGGCUGUGCAGGACCCUUACUGCUGUUGCUCCUCAAAGCAGACUCUUUCUGCAGUUGUUCCUUCUGAUUGCCAGUACCUGCUUUGGCACUGAGCACAUGAUACGCUUCCAAUGCUGGCACAUAAGCAGUGUGAAAGAAAAUAGAAAGUGGCCUAGAUUCCAGUCAGGGUAGAAAAGUAAAGGUGGCAUUGCAAGGGCAUAGACAAAAUUACUGCUUGGAGGGGAUAGAAGCAAACAGUACAGGGAUGGAGAGGACAGGCUAGGGAUCAAUGGGACAAGGUGAUUUAUAGCCACCAGAGCAUGCUUUCCUCAAGAACUUGGAGUCAGAGUCGCUAAGUCCAAGCAUAAUUUUGCUAAUAAGCAAAUGCCUCUUAAACCCAAAGACAAAUAUGUAACUUAAUGGAUCUCCUGUAUAGAGGAUAACAGCGUACCAUUUCUAGUUAGUCUGCAGCUAGGGACAGAUGUUACACACAAACCGGUUUCAGUGAUCGGAAGCCGGUUUAAACCUGUAACAGAACAGAAGCUCAGUGCGCACAAACUAAUUUCAAAAUGGCCAAAACUAGUUUAAGACAAACCUGGUUGAAUGUAGUAAUCAGGCUUAACUGAUUUGGGUCAAACCAGUUUAUGGAACUUCUGUCCCUUCCUGGUUCAAGUUAAAUCACAGUCCCCUAGCAUCCCAGGAUGCUUUGUAGCCCUGGCCUGGGCUGUGCUGUCUGCUCAAGCAGAGCAGGGUUGGCCCUGUUUCUCUGCUCUCCAGCUGGAGCAGUUACAACUGGCUGACAAAGGGGUGAGGGUGGGAAACCCAGCUGGGGACGUAGCCUGGUCUGCCUAGCGGGGGCAGAGCAGCCCCUGCCAGACUUCUCCCUGCUGGAGUGGAGGGGACGGGGGCAUGGGACAGCAGGCUUAGGCAGUGGGGGUGAGGAAUAAACCCCCCUUCCUCCCCUCUCCCACUGGCAUGGGAUCCCAGCCAGGGUCUGCUGACUUUUCGCCCCUGCUGGCUGCUCAAGUGGUGGGGACCAUGGCCACCCAGUGGCCCAGGCAAUGCCUCAGGCUCAGGUAGAGGGAAGGAAGGGGGAUUAAACCCAGCAUGGGACCCCAGCCGGCAGACCCUGGCUGGGUCCUGUGCCAGUGGAAGAGGGGAGGCAAGGGGAUUCAGUCCACCCCCCUCACCUCCACAAGCCUGAGGCACUGCCCCAGCUGCCAUCUGGCCAUGCCCCCCACUGCUUGAGCAGCCAGCAGAGUGGAGGGGAAGCUCGCAGACCCUGGCUGGGGUCCUAUACUGGUAAAAGUGAGGGGGACAAGGGGGUUUAAUUUCCCUUCCUUCCCUGAGCCUGAGGCACUACUCAAACCCUUAGCUGGCCACACCCCCUGCUGCUUGGGGACAAACCUGGCAGGGGCUGCUUCCCCCUCUAGGCACAGCCCAGGUGGGGUCCCUGCAGGCCAGAGUGGGGCUUUAAAUCCCUCCCCAGUCAUACUCAGUGGCCUGCAGGGGCCUGGCCACCCCCCACCCCCAGCUCAGCUUCCUUCCAGCCUUGCAGUUGCUGCAGAAGGGAAGGGACAGCUCACUCUAGCACCCCCUGGCUUCUAGCCUAAGCCAUUGCAGGCAUGUGGCUGCAUUUCUGGAAUGAAAAGUGAAUGUCUAUUCACUUGUUCUCGGUUCCAUCUACACAGGUUAGACUAACCUGCAAAGAUUGAAUCAAUUCAGGCUUAGGCAUUUUAAAUGUCUGAACUUAGCCUGUGAGUUCAAGUCACCGAAACUUCUGCUUUUAUAAAAGCUAAAAAGUCCAGUUGUGCUGUUAACCCAUAUGAGUUCAGAAGACACAUAGUUUCACUUGAAGGAAUUUCUGGGUUCUUUACAUUUUGCCUUUUAAAAACCUAGGAAAUUGUAUUUAAAAAUAAAAUUUUAAAACUUAAAAUGUGUGAUUGAAAAGUCAAGCAUUCAAAAGUCAGGACAUUUCAGAAUAAAGGCUACACAUGCAUCCUUAAUUUUGCCCCAUUAUAUGUCCUGGUAUGUUCAUGUUGUUAAGACUGUAUCCUGGGGAGGUGGGGGUUGUGGGUCUUUCUUGUGUCAUCUACAACACAGGAAUAGACUGCUCUAGGAAUAAAUUAGACUGGUGUAAUGAAUUGGGUUGUAACACGAUCCCUGGCUUAGUAGCUGAAGUAAUGGGAUGGCAUGUUAUAGUAAAUGAGAUAGGAUUGCAGGAAAGGGAACGAUGGUCUUCUACAUAAAGGAGUUGAAUGCUACUUUUAAUAAUUGAAUUCUACUCCUAAAUCUGCCACAAAAUUCUUGUGUAGUGUGGAGCAACUAAUAUAAAUCAAAAUUUGUUUCGGUCUUUGGACCUGUACUCUUCAAUAUCUUCAUCAGUGACUUGGAUGUAGGUGUGAAGUGUACUUUCCAAGUUUGCGGAUGAUACUAAAUUGUGGGGUGAAGUGCACACUCUGGAAGGUAGGGAACAAUUGCAGGCAGACCUGGACAGGUUAGAAAAGUGGGUAGUACACAGUAGAGUGCAGUACAACCAGGACAAGUGCAGAGUGCUGCACCUAGGGUGCAAAAAUAUCCAGCACAUCUACUGGCUAGGAAGUGACCCUCUCAGCAGCACAGAAGAAGAAAGGGAUCUUGGAGUCAUAGUGGACUCCAAGAUGAACGUCAGUCGUCAAUGUGAUGAAAUCAUCAGCAAAGCUAACCUCACUUUAUCAUGCAUCAGCAGAUGCAUGACAAGUAAAUCCAAGGAGAUGAUACUUCCUCUCUAUGCAGCAUUGGUCAGACCACAUUUGGUGUACUGCGUCCAGUUUUGGGCGCCAUACUUCAAGAAGGAUGUUGAUAGACUCGAGAGGGUCCAGAGGAGGGCCGCUCAUAUGGUUAGGGUCUUACAGGACAAGCCCUAUGAGGAGAGACUGAGGGAUCUGGACCUCUUCAGCCUCCAUAAGAGAAGGUGGAGAGGUGAUCUUGUGGCUGCCUACAAAUUCAUUAGGGGAAGCAGCAAGGGAUCGGAGAUGCUCUGUUCACCAGGGCGCCUCUUGGAGUAACAAGGAACAAUGGUCACAAACUGACAGAGAGCAGAUUUAGGCUAGAUAUCAGGAAAAACUUCUUCACGGUAAGGGUGGCCAAAAUUUGGAAUGGGCUUCCAAGGGAGGUGGUGCUCUCCCCUACCUUGGGGGUGUUUAAGAGAAGGCUGGAUAGGCAUCUGGCUGUGAUCAUCUGACCCCCCAGCACUCUUUCCUGCCUAGGCAGGAUGUCGGACUCGAUGAUCAGUUGAGGUCCUUCCUGAGCCUAGCAUCUAUGAAUCUAUGAAAAUGAAUACUGGGCCUCUGGUUGUGUGAUCUUUAUUUACUGUGUGAGAAAUCUGUGUCCUAACUUUUAGAAAUUCAGAGCCCAUAACUGCAACCUGAGUCAUUAGGAACUGUCUUUUGAAAAGGUGAGGUGCUAUAAAAAAUAAGUGGUGUGUCACACCAAGUAUUAGGUUUUUCAGUUUGGACACCCCAGUUAGUGGGUUUUUGUCCUUUUCUUUAAAGUUCAACUCUGUAAUUCAGAUAAUACUUCACAGGGUAUUUUAAAGAUGGAUUCAUUAUGAUUAGUGAGACAAGGUUCCUUGGGUGAAUCUGAUAUCUUUUAUUAGACCAACCCAAAUAGUUGGAGAAGCUUUAUGAUUUGUGAAGCAUUCACUUGCUGAGAGGUUCAGCACCAGAAAAAAACCUCAUGAAAAGUUGCACUGGAUACUGUGCAGCGUUUGGAAGAUAAGCAGUAAAUAAGACAGUGAACAUGUAUUAGAUGAGGAGGAUAAAAAGAAAUAUUGAGUAACCCAUUCACUAAGCACUAUCUAUUUUGUAUAGUCAAUGAGGCAGAGGUCCUGUGGGAAAAAUAGUGUGCUGUCAAGCAAGUAAACGAUGUACUAUAAUGUUGAUUAUCUGAACUGCCUGGGCAGGGUAUACUGUGACAGAUAAUUAACUUAUUUAUAUAAAAAAUAUACUCUAUACCUACCAUUUUUUUUCCUUGAAUGUGCUUUGUUACAGAGGAGUUUUUGCAUGAUGUUAUUUCCUUACGGAGAAGAUGGAAUAUUAAUGGAAAAAUUAGGAAUAAAUAAUUUGGCUAAAGAUGCAUCAACCCAAAACUAUUAAAGCAAAAUUCUGUUAAAUUUCCAUUUUCAUGGUCUAGUACCAUUAGUUUUAACCUUGCCCCCUAGAUCAAGAGGGUCCAAUUUCUGAGUGACUGGGAGCUACAUGCUUUGGAGCCCGUACUAGAGUAAGCCACAGGCCCCUAGACCACAUGGAUGCCUCUGAUGCAACACUGUGUGCCUGUGUAUCACCCUCCUCCUACUUGUAUGGCCUGACUUGGCUUCCACUUCCCAUACUGCUCUGCCCCCUGGGGUUGGAGUAGGAAGCGGCUGUCAGAGAGGGAGAGAGAAGCCCAGAGCUCCUGGCUGUUGUUGAAGCCCUAGUGAAGGGGAGAAGCAGGCAAGCAGGAGCUGGGGGCUGCAAUGUACAACCCUGCCCUACAUAAUUUAUCAGAGUUAAUCUCUGGGAGAUAGUUCUAAUAUUUUAAACAGAUGCUGCCUUUGCACUGGUUUCAGUGGAGUCAAAGAAAUAACUCUUCUGUUGUUGUGGUUAUAUAUUAAGUAAAAUGUAUUGUAUGCUUGAAUUACAGUUUCUGGCCUAAUCAUAUCUAUGAGUAGAUCUUUCCAUGGUGCUCUCAAUACCUUUUAGACUUACACCCUUAACAAAGGCAAUCUAGAACACUGGGUUUGAGCAUUACUCAUUGGUAAUUGUUAGCUAAUGGAUUUUACCUCUUCCCUCUACUUUUUCUAAUUAUAGGGUUAUAACUUUAUAACAUAUUAUUUAUUUGAGUUAUUCAGACUCACAUAUAAGUCAGUGAAAGGUGAAACCUUUCCGUUGCAAUUAUGUCUGCCAGCCCUUUGUCAUAUCUAAAAAGUAAUUUCACUUUCAAUCAACUACUUUAAUACAAACAAAACGGUUUUUUUAUUAAAUGUGCAAGACCUAUUGUUGAUUUGUUUUACAGUGCCAUCCAUAAUGUUGGUGCUAAGACUUUUUACUACCAGAAUUAAAUUAAAAUUCCAUUUAAAAGCUGGCAGGACUCCAAUUUCUAUUAAGAAAACAGAAGAUAGAGUUGGUGCCACUGAUGAUCUGUGUACUAAGGUACAUCAAAAUCAUGGAGGGGCUCUUGCAUUACAUAAAUCCAGCACAUGCCAUUUCACUCUUAAGUGCUUUGAAUGAGGAGCGUCUAAAAGGACAGCUUUGUGAUGUUCUUCUUAUUGUGGGAGACCAAAAAUUUCGAGCUCACAAAAAUGUUCUGGCUGCCAGCAGUGAGUACUUCCAGACACUGUUCACAAAUAAGGAGAAUGAGUCCCAAUCAGUGUUUCAGCUUGACUUCUGUGAACCAGAUGCUUUUGAUAAUGUAUUAAACUAUAUUUACUCUUCAUCCUUGUUUGUUGAGAAAAGCAGUCUUGCAGCUGUGCAAGAAUUGGGCUACAGUCUUGGAAUUUCCUUUCUUACUAACAUUGUUUCUAAGACUCCUCAAGCUCCUUUUCCAACAUGUCCCAUUAAGAAAAUAUUGUUUCAAGAAGAAGAUGAAAACAAUUCUCAGAAGAGAAGUGUCAUUGUUUGCCAGAGCAGAAAUGAAGCACAAGGGAAAAGUGUUAGUCAAACACACCAUGAUUUAAGCCAUACCUCUAAGCCUUCCUCCUCCUUUUCUGUUAAAACUAAUAGACAACAAAUUUCAAAACCAACUGAAGCAGUUCACAAUUUAUCAUUAGGUGAAAGAAUGUGGUUAAAAGAUAGUCCUGUGAGCUACCCCAAGCUUCAUGAACCUUCUGGAAUUAUAGAUGAUCAAAGCAGAAGUAGCUUAGUGAAAAGGAAUGCAGUACUGCCACAAAAGCCUUUAGCUGAGAAAGAAACUACAGCUGAUGAUCUAGGAGGGAGCAGUCAGCUUUUAAGAGGAAAACCUGCAGAAAUGUCCUUAAAAAGGCCUCGUCCUCCAGUUUUAUCACUCCAUGGCCCAUCAGAAUCUACGUUUUUGUUGCGGGAGACAGGAAAAGGAAAUGGUCAAGGAGAAGAUAGGAACUUGCUAUACUACUCGAAGUUAGGACUAGUGGUUCCAUCUAGUGGAUCUGGUCCUGAGAAUCAACGAAUUGAUAGGAGUGGCCCACUUGUAAAAAGUCUCCUUCGCAGGUCACUGUCUAUGGAUAGUCAGGUUCCUAUUUAUUCACCUGCUGUUGAUUUAAAACCUUCCCAGGCAUCAUCAUCAUCAGUAACUAAUGACCCACAAGGGAAAACAUUCAACAUUGUAUCUCAAAACUCAUCCCUGAAAGAGGCUCCAGAAAAAGCAGUCCUAGAUGAUAAGACACAGGUAAUACACCCACAUCGCCUUAGAUCCUUUAGUGCCUCUCAGUCCAUUGAUAGGGAGGUUGCUUCUCCUGUUCCUGAGGUACAAAUAAAAACUGAACCUAGCAGUCCACUUUCAGAUCCUUCUGAAAUAAUAAGAGUUACAGUGGGGGAUGCUUCAGCUUCUGCUAAUAAAAACUUCCCUUUUAAAACUGAAGAUGACCACAGGGAUGUGAAUCAACUUCCAGCCAAAAGGAGAUGUCAAGCAGACAGAAGAUUACCACUUAAAAAAUUGAAAAUGAAUGAGCAUGGUUCACCUGGGUCAGAGGAAAAUUUUGAAGAAGGCUCAAGUCCCACACACCUUGAUGCUGAUUUUCCAGAUUCUGAUGUCAGUAAAGAUGAGUACAGUGAGCUGGAAGAAGCAAGACCAAAUAAAAAAUUUAAAUGCAAGCACUGCCUUAAGAUUUUCAGAUCUACAGCAGGCCUUCAUCGUCAUGUUAAUAUGUACCACAACCCAGAGAAACCAUACGCUUGUGAUAUAUGCCACAAGAGAUUUCACACAAACUUCAAAGUGUGGACACAUUGCCAGACCCAGCAUGGAAUUGUGAAGAACCCCUCACCAGCUUCCAGUUCACAUGCUGUCUUGGAUGAAAAAUUCCAAAGAAAAUUAAUUGACAUAGUGAGAGAGAGGGAAAUUAAAAAAGCUCUGAUUGUUAAACUAAGACGCAGCAAACAAGGUUUUCAGGGACAGUCCACUUCGCAAGCACAACAAGUCAUCAAAAGGAACUUAAGAUCAAGAGCCAAAGGAGCCUACAUUUGCACCUACUGUGGGAAAGCUUAUCGUUUUCUCUCACAAUUUAAACAGCACAUAAAGAUGCAUCCAGGAGAAAAACCAAUAGGAGGGAGUAAGGCUCCUAAACAGAAAGAGCAUAUUCACAUUGAAAGCCCAGUGGAAAACAAAGAAAUGUACCAAUGCCGUCUUUGCAAUGCAAAGCUCUCCUCCCUUAUUGAACAGGGAAAUCAUGAGCGACUCUGUAGAAAUGCAACAGUUUGUCCUUAUUGCAGUCUUAGGUUUUCUUCUGCAGAGCUGAAGCAUGAACAUGAAAGCAAGUGUGAGUAUAAGAAGCUCACUUGUCUUGAAUGUAUGCGCACUUUUAAAUCAUCUUUUAGUAUUUGGCGUCAUCAAGUUGAAGUUCACAAUCAAAAUACAAUGGCCCCAACAGAGAAUUUUUCUUUACCUAUUCUUGAUCACAAUGGUGAAAUAACUAGUGCUUCAAGAUUGCAUUCUCAGUCAGAAUCUAACAAAGCAAACAAUUUUGUUACUGCAAAGGAAGAUGGAGUAUUCAGUGAUUCUUCAGAACAAAUUAAUUUUGAUUCAGAGGAUUCAUCGUGCCUCCCUGAAGACCUAAGUGUUUCCAAACAGUUUAAAAUUCAAAUCAAAGAAGAACCUGCAGAUGACAUAGAAGAUGAGGUCACUGAAAUGAACAGGGAUACUAAAGAGGUUGUCUCUAACAAAGAUAGUGGCUUGUGGCCCUGUGAAAAAUGUGGGAAAAUAUUUACUGUACACAAGCAGCUGGAACGUCACCAAGAGCUUUUAUGCUCUGUGAAACCAUUUAUUUGUCACGUGUGCAACAAGGCCUUUCGGACCAACUUCCGCCUGUGGAGUCAUUUCCAGUCCCAUAUGUCGCAGGCCUCAGAAGAAUCUGUUAACAAAGAGACUGAGAUCUGUCAACCAGCUAAUUCUCCAUCACCACCACCUUUGCCACCGCCUCCACCUCUACCCAAAAUCCAGCCCUUGGAGCCCGAUAGUCCAACAGGUUUGUCUGAAAGCUCCACUACUACUGAGAAACUAUUUGUUCCACAAGAAUCAGACACACUCUUUUAUCAUGCUCCACCGCUUUCAGCCAUCACAUUCAAAAGACAAUAUAUGUGUAAACUUUGUCACAGGACAUUCAAGACAGCUUUUAGUCUUUGGAGCCAUGAACAGACACACAAUUAGAAAGCUAGAGACCUUCAACAGGUAGCUUAAAAAGCUGGUUAAAUGGAGACCAUUUCCAGGCUAUUUCAGAAGUAUGCCAUGUAAACUAGAAAUCUAAGGGGACAAGAAACAUCAAAAGAGUAAAGUUGGAAUUUGUGUUGCUGCUUGGAUUUGAAGAUUAAGGUAAACUAACUUUGAUGUUAGUAGAUAGAAAUCUAAAUAAUUUAAAUAUUGUGGUCUGGGAUCUUAUAGUAACAGAAUAAUUUAAUUUCAUUAAUACUGAAAUAUGAUCACAUCUUGAUUGUAUGCAUGGAUCCUUAUCCUGUGGUGUCAGUAUAUAUAAAUGUAUAUUAAAAACAAAAAAAGCAACAACUUCGAUUCUAACUGAGUUUAUAGUAGUGAAAUACUGUAAGAAACUUCUUGUUUUGAGUAUAACUAACUCAUGAGCUCCAUAUAAAGAUUAGCCAUGCCCUUGAAGACAGGGAAGAAGUGGAUGGAGUAUUUUGCUGUUUUGACUUAGAUCUUAGUAAUCUUUAGCAAUAACUAAUAAACCUCAAGUUUGAGUUUCCCUGACACUUAUUGGAAAUGAAUGUUUGGUAUUUUAUGGUAGUGUGGAAUUGUUUUAUUAUUAUAUGGAACUUGUGCAAAAUAAAAUGGAGUAUAAGAUCAGCAAUAUCAAUACUUAGAUUUUAUAAAACAAAAAAAGUAGCAGCAAACCUGGUUUCAGCCAUUUAAUUGUAAGUUUAUAAGGAAGACUGGGUAAAAGUACACUGUCUGUAAAACACCCCAAAGGUAAUCUACUGUAGGCAUUUUGGUAACUCUAGUGUUAAAGCAGUCUCAAAAUGCAAACAACAGCACUGUUUAUAAAUAUGGACUAACAAUGAAUGGAUGUCAGGCAGUUUCACAAUUUUGUUUCCACUGGUUUGUAUAGUUGUGUAAUUCUAACUACAUAGGAUGUAUGAAUAUAUAGAUUUAAAAAGUGGAAACUUGUUGGGGGCACAGGAUAUGAACAAAAUUGUCAUGUGUGGCAGCAGUAGGUUUGGCUGUGAGUACAAAAACAUGGUUUUGAGGAAAAUUCAAAUGUAAAUAUUUACAUAGUCACCUGUAUAAAUGAAUGAAGUAUGUAUUUGAAAUUUGUAUGAAACAUGCAUAUCCAGUUCAAAGCAGAGGAAAAAAGCACCACACUACAAUUGUUGCAUUUUUAUAACUACAGUGUAUAGAACGUUUUUUUUCUGCCGCUUUCUAUUCUUUGUGAUACUUUUCUGUUGGAUUUUUUUUAGCUUGUUCAAGAUCAUGGUAAUAAUGGUUAAUAAGUGUGGUACCAUUCAGUUGCUUGAAGUUGCAACUGCAAGAGUUGGCAUCCUUGGUACUAGAGAUAUUUGCCAGAAACCUUGUCAAGGGUCCAAAGUUAUUUUACAGCCCACUUUUGGUGAUAGGUUUCUCUCAUUUGGGAGCUCAGUGCAAAUGGUUUUCCUGCUGUUGGAAUUUUAAAUCUAGUACAGUGAAAAUGGAUUAAAAUGAACUGUAGGAAUGUAAAUGCUGUAAACAGUAUUUACAAGGAUCCACUUUGGAUCUGGCCAACUUCACCUGGGAAAACAAAAGAGAAAGUAUUGCAUUUAGCCCUAUGUGAUGAGGACCCAGUCCUGCAUUCAGUGAGGUCAAAUCAGAGUUUUGUAACUGACUUCAGUGGGAGCAGGAUCGAGCCUUUAAUCCUGUCAAAUUCAGCUCAUGCACUCCUUCAGCUUCUAGAACUCUUUGAGAAGUCCCAGGGAAUGCAGGUUGAAGUGCUAAUAGAAAAAGUUUGGACUACAGUGAAAAUUUUGAAAGUUCAGGAUCUGAACCUGAGCAAGGUUAAGCACAGGCUAAGCUCUAAGCAUCUGAGCACGCCCUUUGGCUGAAAUGGCUUGCUCAAUCAAAACCAGCUUUUGUCAUCCUUUAAGUUUUGUUUUAAUUUCAUUGCAAAGUGGUACAAUAUGGCAUUCAUACUUUCAACUACCAACAAUUUUCAAUAAUUAGCUACAGAGUCUUUCACUGUGAUGCAGUGGGUGAAAAUUUAAAACUAUUAUUAAAUGCAAAUGCCUAUAUUUGCACCUGCUUGUAGUGUGUUUUGUCCUUAAACAAGCAUCUUUUGUGAAAAUGUGAUCAUACUAAUCUGAUAGAGUAUGUCAGCAUCUUAGAUGAAGAUAUGCGAUCAAAACAAGUCUUACUUUUGUCUUUUAAAAGUGACAUUUCUUCUUGUGACUUAUUCCAUCUCAUAAAAAUAAACUAUUUAAAUAGCUUCAUCAUAAAAUAGUAAUUAUGCUUAACCUUGCUCAUUUAACAAUAUCAGGAUGAAAUAAAGCCAUGUUAAGUACAUGAAACAUCUUUUAGAAAGAGAAAUCUGUGUGGACAAAAUGUGAAAACACAGUUUCUAAAAUGGUGCCUAAGUUUUCACUGGUGAUUACUCUAAAAUAGCGUAUUUCCUAAUUAGUUUGUUGACAGUCUGCCUAGUUCCCUGAAUAUACCCUUCUAAGACAAUAUGAUGACCAGUUCAACUCUGAAAUAUUUAUAUAAUUUUCAUCUGGAAUGUAAUUCUAAUGCAUUUUAGCAUAACAUAAUAAUAAAUACAACACACUUAAAACAAUUUGUGCUAUGUUUUUGAAGAAACCUUGGGGUUUUUCCCUCAAAUAUAAUACAAAUUGUAAAAAUCAGUAAAAAUCAGUAAAAAGAUUUUGAUGAUCUAAAUAGUCUCCUUUAAAGUUUGUGUUAGAUUAUUUUUUUAAACUCUCUUUCUAAUUUUGAACGUGUUCUCUGGUUUUUAAAUUCCUGUUUGUUCUUCAGUAAAGGAAUACAGGAUCUCUAAAUAAAGUUUUAAAUAUGAGAUGUUUAUAUAGCAGUUCUGGUUUUCUAUUAGCUUUUAUACAGUACCUUAAAAAACCCUGGGACAGAUAUGUUUAUUUUGGAAGAUAUGGAAUAGAUAUGCUUCCACUCAUGUAACUGUAAUAUAUAUUAGAAAAGUUAAAUUAUGAAAUAAAAUGUUAGUUGCUUAUUAUAAAUAAAAGUCUUUUAAAGAAUAUGCCUAGUUGGCCAUAACCAGAAUAAAAAGUAACAUAUUGAUGCAAAAAAACCUGUCUUCAUAUUAUAAUUUUGCAACUGUGUGACUUGGAUACUAAAGCACACAUUUAAAAGGUUAGAAAAGCCUUGGGUUUUUGCCUGAUUAUUUAAUAUAAGUUAAUUUGACUUCUUUCAGACUUUGAGAUUUCUUGUUCUUUUUUGUAUGGCAUCAUGACAAAUAUGCAGAUUUUUUAAUAUAUAAAUUAGAGUUUUAAUUCUCUAUCGGUUUUAUCAGCUUGAUUAGUUUUAUCAUCUGUCAGUAUAAUUUAACAGGCAGUGCCCCAUCCUGUUCCAACUGAAAUCCUGUGAUAAAACUCCUAUUUAUUUUACUGGGAACAGGAUUAGGCCAUGAACUAAACUUACAGUUUAUUUUAGGCACUGAUUCGCCAAAGCACUUUAGGCACAUGCUCAUGUUCCAUUGAAGCCAAAAGGCCUUAAACACAUUUAACUUUAAGCAUGUUCUUAAAUGCUGUGUUGAAUUGAGGCCGUGACCAAUCUUUUAAAGUAAGCAAUGGAAAAAAAUUACGUAUGAUCUUUAGAAUGGUAGAAACAAAUGUUUUUAAAUUUAAUGUUCCUUUGAAGAGAGGUUACGUAUGCAAUGUUACCAAAAUAUACAGAGGACAUGUAACAGUAGUGCUGCUGUCUCUGCUUUUGUACUUUCUUUACAUGAAAGAAGACUAACAAUUUAACUUCAGAGGUUGUAAUCUGCUGAAGCAAUGGAUGACAGGUAACUUGUCUAUCUUAUUCAGAACACAAUUAUAGCCUUAUAAACCUCCAGGGAACCAAAAUACAGAGCUGUAAGAGACCUGAUCCUGCAUUUCCCACUUGGACAUGGAUAUUCAUGAAAAUUCCUCCCUCUCAAGCAGGGAAUGCAGGUUUGGUCCUGAGCUGUGUUUGUACUGUUUUUGCCCCACCUUCCACUUUCACAACUGGAAGUUCCUCACGUGGGACAAGGAUAGACUAUAGCCCUGACUUCCUGGCACUAGAAGUUAUGGUGCAAAUAUCUGGCAUGUGCCUAUAAAAUCUGGCAUGUGCCUAUGCUGUUCAGUAAAACUGUUUACAUUUUCCUACCAGAAGAUCUAAAUGAAAAUCAAAGCAAGUUUUGGUUUGUUUGGGGUUUUUUUGUUUUUUUUCAAACGUUGCUGUUAGUGAAUCAGUGUUAAAAACCUUUUGUUGAAAGCAGCCUUGAUAGUAUUUGGGGUUUAAAAUGUCUUAUUGAUUCUUGUUUGUUUAAAAUGACUUGUGAAAAAAUGUACUAUAACUGUUGUACGUUAAGGGACACUAUCAAGAUAAAAUCAUAAUAUAAAAGUCAUUACCUGUGUUACUAACAUUAUUUGAUAGUUUAAUAAAAGUGAAAUAAUUAAAAAAAAACAAAAAUGUUUUUAGCAUUUAAGCUGUGUAGACACGAAAAUUCCAUAUAAAGGCAUCUUCAAACUUGGCUUGAUGUCUGAAAUAUGGAUCUGAGUUUUGUGGCUUGGACUCUUACAUUUGUUUUGCUUUUCACUAUUCUAGAGCUGUUAAAACAGACAAAUCAAUUUCCUUCUUCAGUUUUGUGUUUACAUUUCUACCACUACAAUAGAAUGUUAAAUUUUAAAAAACCUUUUUAAAAUUAUAAUACUGUAAAUAUGCAUGAACAUAUAAAAACGAUCAAAUGCAAAUUUUAAGGCUUCACCUUGACAGUGUCCCUUUUUAAAAAUAACAAGAAAAAAAUGAAAUCACUUGUAAUGCUUGGAAAAAAUUUCCUGCAGUUUCUGGAAGUUGGAGUUGUCCAAUGUCAACAUGCAAGCUGUAGAAUUUUCCUAUUAAAGUUACAUAAAAUCACUUGUCAUUUUAAAGGAUUAUAGAAGACAAAAUAAACUUUUUAUAAUACUGUAUAUCUUGUAGCCAUUGUAUAUUGGUUCAGUACAUCAGUGUUGAAUUUUAAUUAUGAAUAGGUUUUUACUUUUUUUAGGACUGAGAAUUAAUAGGAUAGGUUAACUCUUCCUUUAAUGUAAUGUAAACCCAUUGCUGCUUUGUAUGACUUUUUUCUACUGUGUGUUUUCUUUACUUAGAACUUGACUAAGAGAUGUUGGUGUCCAAUAAACUUACACUUGUUUUCUUAUGAAA